CCGUCUGGCUGCCGAGGCUGAGCGCACCUGAGGCUGCGCACGAUGCCGCCCGCAGGCGUGGUCUCCCUCCGGGAGCUGGCCGACCUGGCCAUCGGCACUCCGGAGGUGGGUGCCGUCAACUUCAAUGCUCUCCACACGCUCCUCGUGGCCCUGCUCAAGAACCUCAACAUGCAGGACACCCGGGUGGACUACCAGCCCCUGUCUGAGCGGAGGCUCUCAGCGAUCACGCGGCUCUCGCUCAGCACCCCGCGGGGCUCCAUCAGCACCCCGCAGAUCGCUGUGUCCAAGGAGAGGCGAAGGAGCAGCGUGACCAGGGUUCCGUCCGUGGUGCUGGAGAGCCAGAUGAAGGGCCUGGGCGGGCAGGUCCAGAACCUGGACGGGCAGGUCCAGAACCUGGGUGGGCAGGUCCAGGACCUCGACCGGCAGUUAAAGGCCAUGGACAGCCAGAUGCAGGGCGUGCUGUCUCACAUCCAGUACUUCACCACUCUGGUCGGUGGGAUGGACUCCGAGACCUCGGAGUGGCUAGAAGAGCAGGCGAAAGCCUUUAGCUUGGCCGAGGGGUUGGGUGCUGUGAGGACCCCGCUCAUCAUUGAGCCCGGAGCGUCCAUCACCGAGAAGGGCGCGCUCAUGACCGAGCAGGGCGCGCUCAUGGCCGAGAGGGGCGCGCCCAUGGCCGAGAGGGGCGCGCCCAUGACCGAGCAGGGCGCGCUCAUGGCCGAGAGGGGCGCGUCCAUGGCCGAGAGGGGCGCGCCCAUGACCGAGCAGGGCGCGCUCAUGGCCGAGAGGGGCGCGUCCAUGGCCGAGAGGGGCGCACCCAUGACCGAGCAGGGCGCGCUCAUGGCCGAGAGGGGCGCGUCCAUCGCCGAGAGGGGCGCGUCCAUUGCCGAGAGGGGCGCGUCCAUCGCCGAGAGGGGCGCGUCCAUCACCGAGAGGGGCGCGUCCAUCACCGAGAGGGGCGCGUCCAUGGCCGAGCAGGGCGCGCCCACCAUGGAGAAGGGCGCGCCCAUCACCGAGAAGGGCGCGCACCCGAAGACCAAGCUUGUGCCGGGGACGGGCAAGGCGGUGCCCGGGAUGGGCAAGGCGAAGCCCGACACAACAAAGCUUCCGCUGGGGGUGGCCGUGCCCACGCCGGGGUUGGUCUCGCCUGCGCCGGGGGUGGCCCCGCCCACUCCGGAGAUGGCCACGACCGUGCCUGGGAUGGCCAAGCAGAUGCCCGAGAAGUCGCGAGGGUUAAUGAAAUUGUGGAAGGAAGGUCCCCAGGUCAUGGAGCUGCUCCAGCAGGUCGUGGAAGACGUGAAAAUCUUGAAGGAAGACCAUGCAAGGGCGCAGGAGUUGCCAGAGUUCAACCCGAUGAAAUUCCUGCAACGGGUUGAGGAAGUAGAGAAGACAGUCAAAAACUGGGAGGAACUCCUGGAACCCCUCUGUCGGAAGAUGACUAUGAUGACUCCUGGAGAAGAACUCACCAUGGUCACCUGGGAGGAGCUGGAGCAGGCGAUUACUGAUGGCUGGAAGGCCUCACAGUCUCUGCUUCCUUCCUUCCUCCUCAACCAGGGCAUAGAGUCCACGCCAGCAAGUCUUAAGCACAAAGUGAAACCGCCUGCAGCCCCACGCGACGUGGGUCCAAGUGCACCCUCCACCGUGUACCCAGGCGCUGACCGGGCUCUGGAUUCCGCUGGUGGUUUGGGCCCAGAUCAGACCUUGCCGGGGCCCGGCGGACCCAGACACCCCUCCGAAGGGGAACAAAAACUGCCCUCUGCGCCUGGGUUUCCUGAUCGGGGCCGUGAUGACGCCGGGCUGGCACAGGCCCAGUUCAGAACUGACGCCGAUCAGCACAGGCCCGGAGAGUGGCCCAGCACAGCAGGUCCGAGAAGAGAUGAACGAGAUGCGCACCCUGGCCCGGUCCCGCAGGACUUACCCCCAGACCAGCAUCCUCUCACGCACCCUGAUGCUCGAGGCGGGAUGACCCCCAGCCCGGGCCAAGUCAUGGACGCCAGGCCAGACCAACUAGGGCCAGGGCCACCUGGCCUGGAUCAGCUUGAGGUUCAACCUCCUAGCGCUUACCCGUAUGGCCUCCCCUUCAGGCCGGGCCUGAUGCCACCUGGAACGGAGGAACAGGGACCGGUACCACCUGGCAUGGGUCAGCAGAAUGUGAUGCCACCGUGGGUACCUGCCAGAGAUCAGCAAGGAUGGGGACUCCCUGGUCCCGCCCAGCCUGGUAUGGUUCCGCCUGGCACACAGCAGUACGGGGUGAGACUUCCUGCGGACCAACGUGCCAUGGAGCGGCUUGCGAUGGAAGGGAGUGGUGUGGGACCCAUUGGCACAGAUGAGCACGGACUGCCAAUAUUUGGCAUGGAUCAACAAGGAUUGGUUCCACCUUUAAGAGAUCAACAAGGUUUCGUACAGCCCGGUUUGGAAAUGCCUGGCUUCAUACAACCAGGCGCACUGCAGUAUGGUGUGCUCCAACCUGGUGCAGGUCAGCCUGGCUUGGUCCCACCUGGAAUGGACCAGCGUGGUUUAGUCCCACCUGGUGCAGGUCAACCUGGUUUGGUCCCACCUGGUGCAGGUCAGCCUGGCUUGGUCCCACCUGGUGCAGGUCAGCCUGGCUUGGUCCCACCUGGUGCAGGUCAGCCUGGUUUGUACAGGCUGGUCAAUAUCCACCUGGUUUUGUACAGCCAGGUGCAUAUCCAUAUAGUUUUGGCUCAACCUGGCAUCUAUCCACAUGGUUUGGUCCAGCCUGGUGUGGCAGGUCAACCUGGUUUAGUUCCACCUGGUGCAGGUCAACCUGGUUUAGUUCCACCUGGUGUAGGUCAACCUGGUUUGGUCCCACCUGGUGCAGGUCAACCUGGUUUAGUUCCACCUGGUGUAGGUCAACCUGGUUUGGUCCCACCUGUGCAGGUCAACCUGCCAGGUGCAUAUCCACCCGGUUUUGUACAGCCGGGUGCGUAUCCACCUGGUUCCAUGCAGCCUGAUAUCGAUCAGCAGGGUUUAGUGGAACCGGGAACAGAUCAGCUUGGUGCUGAUCACCAAGGCUUGGUACCAUCAGGCGCGGAGCCUCAUGGCUCUCCACGCCCAGAUCAGCAGGGCCUGGCACCUCGCAGAGAUCAACAUGGUCAGGUGUCACCAGGCCUAUCCAGGCAAGGCUGGGUGUCGCCAAGUAUGGACCAAGGGGGUUUGGUACCAACGGACCCUUCUCAGCGAGGCAUAGACCAGGGUGGUGCAAUGCCAUUCACCCCCGGUGUGGGCGAGCAGCAGCAUUGGGCAUCGCCUCACCAAGAUCAGCGUGACCGUCCAUCCUCUGUCCUAGACCCAAGUGGCCUCACGUAUCCUGGCCCUUACAGCCCAAGGUACUCGGGUGUCGAUUCAGGCCAACGUAGUGGGUAUACUCAGCCUCCCGCAAGUCCAAAUGUCCCCUCGACUCAGAGUACGGACUCCCUUGGCGAAUCCAGGCAAGUCUCACAAGAACCGAGUUCCAUAGAGUCUAAGAAACUCGAUUCCCUGGAGAAAGUGGCUUCUAGCUUCCCCAGCGCAGUGGAGACGUUCCGCCUGAUGGGAGAGCUCAUCGGCCUCUACACAGAGCUCAAGGAGAACCUGAGGACCCUGGAUGCACAGAAAGCUGGCGAAACCGACUUGGAGAAGAUCCAGUACCUGCUUGCGAUGAUGGUCCAAAAGACCAUCCCACCAGACCUGCAGGAGCAGCUGAAGGCCAUCAAGACCCUGACCAAAGAGGUUCGGCAGGAAAAAGCAAAACUGGACAAGAUACAUAAGUUCCUGGAGGGCGGAGGGCUGCCAGAAGUGGGGAAGGAGGUGGCAGCUGGCCCGCUGAGCUUUCAGCUGGGUCUCCUCAGAGUCAGCGUGAAUGACAUCGAGAAGGAGCUGUCCGACCUGAGGGAGAGCCAGGAGCAGGGCAAGGUCAACAUGGAGCACUCGGUCUCUGAGGCCUCCCUUUACCUGCAGAACCAGUUGGACAAGCUCAGGACGAUCAUCGAGAACAUGCUGGCCUCGUCGUCCACGCUGCUGACCAUGAGCAUGACCCCGCGGAAGGCCCCAGUCACCUUGAUACCUGGCCAGAUCGACCCCAAGGCCACCUGCCCGGCCUGCAGCCUGGACCUGAGCCACCAGGUCAGCACGCUGGUGCAGCGCUACGAGCAGCUCCAGCACAUGGUCACCAGCCUGGCUGCCUCGCGGCCGUCCAAGAAAGCCAAGCUCCAGAGACAGGACGAGGAGCUGCUGGGCCACGUGCAGAGCGCCAUCCUGCAGGUGCAGGGCGACUGCGAGAAGCUCAACCUCAUCACCGGCAACCUCAUCGAGGACCACCGGCAGAAGCAGAAGGACAUCGACGUGUUGUACCAGGGUCUGGAGAAGCUGGAGAAGGAAAAGGUCAACAGGGGGCACCUGGAGAUGGAGAUUGAAGUGAAGGCCGACAAGAGCGCUCUGGAGGCCAAAGUGAGCCGCCUGCAGUUUGAUGCCACCACGGAGCAGCUGAACCACAUGAUGCAGGAGCUGGUGGCCAAGAUGAGCGGGCAGGAGCGGGACUGGCAGAAGAUGCUGGACCGGCUCCUGGCCGAGAUGGACAGCAAGCUGGACCGCCUGGAGCUGGACCCCGUGAAGCAGCUGCUGGAGGAUCGGUGGAAGUCCUUGCGGCAGCAGCUCAAGGAGCGCUCCCCGCUCUACCAGGCGGACGAGGCGGCCGGCAUGCGGCGGCAGCUCCUGGCACAUUUCCACUGCCUGUCCUGUGACCGUCCCCUGGAGACAGCCGUGACUGGACAGGUCCUCCCCACCACGCCCGUGGGGCCCAGCCUGCCCGGGCACCGCUCCACCCGCCCCUACACCGUCUUUGAGCUGGAGCAGGUCCGGCAGCAGAGCCGCAACCUCAAGCUGGGCAACCUCGCCUUCCCGCGGGCCGACCUGGCGUCGAUGGAGCGGAGCGUGGGGCGCCUGCGCACCAUGCACUCCAAGAUGCUGAUGGACAUCGAGAAGGUGCAGUUCCACUACGGGGGCUCGGUCAAGGCCAGCAGCCAGAUGAUCCACGAACUGCUGCAGGCCCAGUGCCUGGGCUCCCCCUGCUGCAAGCGGGUGUCGGAGAUGACGGACUACAGCUUCGCCACGGUGUCGCGGCACUGCGGGGGCAGCCACACCCUCACCUACCCCUACCGCCGCACCCGCCUGCAGCACCUGCCGCAGGGGCUGCUCCCGGAGGACAGCCAGGUCGCCGGGAAGCACCACGAAGUGGACAUCUUGGGCCUGGAUGGACAUAUUUACAAGGGACGGAUGGACAUGAGGCUGCCAGGCAUCCCGAACAAAGACAGUGCCGGGAACAACAAGCACAAGAUGAAGCCCUCCCGGUCCCACGCGCACCGGCCGCCGGCCCUCGGCGACAGCAGCCCACUGCCCUUGCGGCCUCAGAGCGCCAACAUGAUGGUUGGCGGCAAUUCAGCUACUUCUCGGCAACACACAGACCGACCGGUCUCCUCGCAGGGGCGCCUCUCCCAGCCGAAUGCGGGCCACCCGCCCAGCCCCAGCGGGAUGGCGAUGCACAUGGACAUGCCCCCCGGGGAGGGCAUGGAGGAGCCCACCCGGGGGCCCAGGACCCCCUCUGCUCACUGAGCAGAGCUAUAAAUAAAUGU